AUGUCUUCUAUCGAUAAUAUUAUUAAUAUUCUUCGUAGUUCUGCACGACAGCAAUACAAUAGCAAACAAAUUGAUGCAACGAAUGAAAUUGUUGAAAACAAUGUUCGCACCCUAUUUGAACAAGAUUAUGGUUGUCAUUAUAUUUCGAAUGCAAAUGGUGAAUUAUCAAUAAAUUAUCCACGUCGAAUUCUCGUGCCUGUUGUUGAUAAAUGGUCUAUAGUACAAACGGCAAAAAUUCAAUCAUCUGUCGAUAUUCGUGAUCUAUGUGUUCGAUCGUGUUUUGCUAGAUGUCGAUCUCGGUUGGUUGCUCCUGCAAUAUUUAUCGAAGGAAGAUAUAUUUGUCGAUCGGCAACACUUUCUUCUUGGGGUGAAAUUUAUCCACGAUUCAGUAUGGAUCUAUUAAUAGAUGCUGCCAGUCGACAUUCUGUUCCACCAACAGGCAAUACUGACGAAACUCUAAGCGAUAUCGAACAACCUCAACAACGUAGUGUUUUCGAUAAACUUCGCGGUGCUGAUAUUGAUCUAUUGAAAAUAUUCGAUAUCGGUUCAAUAGUUAAUUUGAUGGUACAAGAAAAAAAUCUUCUAUUCGGUUUAAAAAUAACAGCAACAGAGAAGUCAGAUAAAUACGAUCGAUAUAGAAUAUUUCAAUUGAUAUCCCUUCCCUAUCCUGGAUGUGAACAUUUUCGAGAGGUAGCCGCACAGAAAUAUAAUAGUGAAUUUAUAUUACAUGAUUGGUCUGUGUCGAAAAAUGCUGCCAUACUCGAAGUACCAAAUCAUCUUUCGUCGUGUGUAGACACCGAUUGGUCAACUUGGCGAUCAUGGAGUACUAUUCAUUUGACUCAAAACUACAUGCAAUUACUUCUCCGUCAUCUUGAAAAAGAUAAACGUGGUAUUCUUAUUCAUUGUCUAUCUGGAUGGGAUCGAACACCAUUGUUUAUAUCGUUACUUCGUCUAUCAUUAUGGGCUGAUUGUGCUAUUCAUCAAUCACUGACUGUUGAAGAGAUCAUCUAUUUAACACUUGCCUACGAUUGGUAUUUAUUUGGACAUAACUUACAGGAAAGAUUAGCACAUGGUGAAGAAAUUCUCUAUUUCACUUUCAUGGUACUUCCACAUUUGAUUGACGAUAGAUUUAUUUUUCGACCAUCAAUGACCCCUCGUCAACAUGUGACAACUGAAAUUAAUGAUAUGAAUCAUUUAGAUAAUUCAAUGAAUGAUAUUCCUCGCAACUUGCCUCAAUCACAUUGUGUUAAAAUUGAACAAGACACGAAAAAGGUGCGCGAAGAAAAAUUACUUGCUGUAUUUCAUGUAUUUCAUACUUGUUAUCGAAAUAUCGUACCAGAAAAUUCAACGAUGUUAAAUAAUAGACCAUUAGCAUCAGUUAUGACUCGUAAGAUCAAGGACUUUCUAAUAAAAAAAUGA